AAGAUAGACAGAGUGUGUAUGUGUGUGCUUGCAUACUGUAUGGUAUGAUUGUUACUGUACGGUGGGUGUGUCUGCAAUUGCAUGUGUAUCUCUGUGUGCAUGCUAUAUAAGUAUAACUGCCUGUGUGUGUGUGUGUGUGUGUGUGUGUGUGCGUGUGCUUUUUCUUGUGUAUCUGUGUGCAAACUGUAUGAGAGUAUCUAUCUGUGCCAAAUCAUCAUCAUUACAUUGACAUCUGGAGUCAGUACCCAUGGAGGUUCAGCAGGUUGUGAUGAUGUUGUUGAUUGUCAGAUACGUAAACCAAUGGCUCAGCCAUGAAGCACAGACAGAAUGAGGAAGUGAAUUACGGCAGGCAGCGAAAGACAGAAGUGCAUAAAUGAAUGCAAAAAUGGCAUACAAUAGUACAUACAAAGAAAGAAAAAGGGGAAAGAGAAGUGGAGCGUGUGUGUGUUAGCGCUUUCAUGGUUAGUGUUAGGGGCAUUGGGUGUGGCUUACGGUGGCCUGCUACUAAAGGUUGACUGACUGGAGAUGACAAUCAGAUGAUGGUGGCUGGUGAAUGUGAACCUACUGCUCUCACCAGUCCCAGUCAGUCAGAGAGGAAGGGGACAUCACUCCAAAUAGUCUCUGCCCAGGGGUGGCAAAAUAGUGAUAAGACAGUUACAGAAAAAAACAGAGGCGCUCCACCAAUCAUGGAGUAUGUUGGUAACAACCAAUAAAAUAACCAGUAGAACUAUGUUGAUGGUGACUGGUGGAUACUUUCUAUCUACUUCUUAGUAAUUCCCAGGGGGAUAUUGAAAGUAUAAAGUAGCCACUAAUCACUGUCAAUAUUUUUUGAUUUGGUGGUAGCAUGCUCUGCCACUGGAGGAGCUCCAUGGCUUAGUGUUACUGCCAUCUUAUACUUAUUUCAUUAUCCCUGGCUCUACCUGACCUAGACCAUGAUGAAUGCCAGAGAGAAUGGUCUCUCCUUUGCUUUAUUAAUAUAAGGGACUUUAAUAAUAAGAUGCAUGUAAGGGAAAGAGAAACACCAGUUAUUUUCUUGGAUUUCAUAUUAUAGUUCUACACAAUAAAAUACUUGUAAAAGGCAAAUCAAAUGUACUUAACUAGAGUAAAAUGUGCUCAGAGUUCACGUAACACUUAACAUUUUACUGCAUAAUAGGAGUGUCUGCACUUAGGAGUGUGUGAUAAAAUGAUUCUUGUUGGCCAUUUUUAUUCAUGGUAGAAAUAAUAUUCAUAAAUGUAUCUAAUUCCUCUCUGAGGACCUCUCAGAGAAGUUCCCUCUGUGAUGUUUUGCUUUGGUGUGUCAUCAGGCAUUGAUGGGCUAAUCUAAGGUUUUUCAGGCUGUCAAUGAAUUUCUACUGCAUUAGGCCUUCCUUAUCUCUGUCCUAACAUGGACAUGAUGCAGUCGUGUGUUCAAGCUGAUAAGAUAAACACAAACACAUACAUACACAUGUGCGCACACACACACACGUGCCCUCACACGCACACUCUGACACACACAAACACACACAACACACAGGAAGAGAGAGGGAGAUAUGUAGAGAAUCACAAGUGUCUAAAGGAAUACUUCAUUUCUAAAACAAAGGUACAGAUGUUAUACUGACAAAAGCAUUGAUUGGGACCCUUGUGCUGCCUAAACAUGUGGCUCUAAUUUUUGACAGGGCGGGGCCUCCGAACUGAGAUAUGAACGAUCCCCUCCAGUUUGAUGUGUGGGUUGAGGGAUUAGAGGCGAGGGUGUCCCACAGCUCAUGUGUUCCUGGGACCUGGGACUUCAAUACCAAGCCUUCUGAGACUCAGAAACUCAAUGACAGGGUCAACAGUCCCGCCCCCAGCUACCCAGCUUCACAGAAAUGGCUGAAUGGUACUCUCACCCAACCGUCGCUAAGCCGCGAUAUCGUCGCCAGCCUGAAUCGCGAGUUCCCGAACAUUCGCAAUUUUGUUUGCUUUUCUUAGAUCAACAGUGUUGGUUAUAGUGCCGCUGCGUGGGUUAACCAUUAACACAGAGAUAACUACCGCUGUCCUUCUCUGGCACCUUGGCUAGCCCUCACACUCGCAAAGUAUCACAUCUUUACAGCUAUGAGGUUUUGGGGAAAAUGGGUGAAGUAAGCAUCUUGUUAUGUUUUUAAAGUCUGCAGAGUUCUUUGACAUGCUGGAGAAGAUGGAGGUCCCGAAAGCUGAGGAGCUGAGGACAGUUCCGCAGAGGCAUAAGGAUGACUACAUUCCCUACCCAAGGAUAGAGGAGGUCCUGGAGAAGGGCGGCCCGUACCCCCAGGUCAUCCUGCCCCAGUUCGGGGGGUACUGGAUCGAGGACGCAGAGACUCUCGCCGGCACCCCCAUCUCCACAGACAGCAGCUUCUGCGAUGAGGAUGACGGUGGCGGGAUGAGCCCCAGCGGGCCCUAUGGGUUCCGGCUGGAGUGCAACAGCACGGCCCGGGCCUACCGCCGCCACUUCCUGGGCAGGGAGCACAUGAACUACUACUGCACGGGCAGCAGCCUGGGGAACCUCAUCCUGUCCCUGAAGCACGAGGAGGCAGACAGCCAGGAGUUCUUGCGCAUCAUUCUCAGGUCACGGACAAAGACAAUCUAUGACAGGAUCUCUCUGGCGGGACUGACGCAGCUCCCCAGCGUCCCACAGAUAGCCAAGCUGCUGUGUGAUGAUGUCACAGGCCUAAAGUUCAGUCCAGUUCUGUACCCCAGGGGUUCCCAGUUGAUUGUCAGCUUCGAUGAACAUGAAAUUAACAACACCUUCAAGUUUGGGGUCAUCUAUCAGAAGUUUGGUCAGACAUCGGAGGAGGAGUUGUUUGGGAACAACGAGGAGACGCCUGCUUUCACAGAGUUUCUGAGCGUGCUUGGGGACUGCGUAGAGCUGCAGGACUUCAAGGGUUUCCGGGGAGGGCUUGAUGUGUCUCACGGCCAAACAGGCUCUCAGUCCGUCUACACGGUCUUCCGGGAGAGAGAGCUCAUGUUCCACGUGUCCACUAAGCUGCCAUACACAGAGGGAGACCCGCAGCAGCUUCAGAGGAAGCGGCACAUUGGGAAUGACAUUGUGGCGACGGUUUUCCAGGAAGAGCCUACGCCGUUUGUGCCGGACAUGAUUGCCUCCAACUUCCUCCAUGCCUACAUCCUGGUACAGGUGGAAAGCCCCUGCACAGAGCACACUACCUACAAGGUGUCUGUUACCGCUCGGGAGGAUGUGCCGCCCUUCGGCCCGCCCCUCCCAAACCCGGCCGUCUUCAAAAAGGGCCCAGAGUUCCGGGAGUUCUUACUGACUAAGCUGAUAAACGCGGAGAACGCCUGCUACAAGUCGGACAGAUUUGCCAAGCUGGAGGGACGGACGCGGGCUGCGCUGCUGGAUAACCUUCACGAUGAGGUGCACAGACAGACGCAGGCGAUGAUGGGGCAGGGGCUGGGCUCCGACGAGGAGAAGCUGGAGAACGGCAGUCACGGGGGACUGCUGGAGUCCUUCAAGCGGGCAAUGCGGGUGCGCAGUCACUCCAUGGAGACGAUGGUGGGGUCGCAUCGUCACCGGAGCCCUGGAGGGGGGGCCGGCGGCGUCCCCGCCAGCCUGAGCGGAGGGGGCCUGACUCAGACCAGCACAGAGUGCACCAAGAGCACCUACACUCCUCCAGCACUGUCUGCUAAGUCCCCCCUGAAGAGCCCAGUGAAGCGAAGAUCAGGACUCUUUCCUCGACUGCACUCAAGCACAGACAGCCAGACAGACAGACAUUCACGCAGCGAGCAAAGAACCUCAGACAGCACUCAUCUGUCACAGGAAGUGAGGUCAGAGCCCUCUUCAAACCCUAGCUCCCCAGAGAUCUGCCCAAAUAAGGAAAGGCCGUUCAUCAAGCUGAAAGACUGCAGCAGCCGAGCCAACAUCUCCCGCUCCUCCUCCAGCACCAGCAGCUUUAGCAGUGCCACCGGCGAAACGGAGGCCCUGGAGGAGCUGGACCCUAUGAGCACCACGAGCAGCCAACCCUCCGUGGCCUACCCCCCUGUGUACAGCCCCUCCCUCAGUGUGGAGAGCCAAGGUUCCGGAACCCCUGUAAUCAUGUGCCGCAGUCCCACAGACUUGAAGAGCAAAACAUCUCCAAGAUCCAACUUGAAGUUUCGCUUUGACAAGCUGAGCCACUCUACUGCACAGUAGCAGCUGUCUGAAGGCCAGGUGAAGAUCUUCUGAGAGGUGGCAAUGGAGAGAGGGGAAAAGACCUUGUGCUGAAGUGGGGGACACCUUACAUUAACAUCAUCAUCAUCAAAUGAACUGAAUCUUUCCAGGUUUCAAAGGAAGGGACAUGAAAAGACCCAGAGAAGACAACUUUACAGAGAGGUAGUGAGUGACUAAGGAAUUCUUAAAUCUAAAGGAAUUCUAAAGAAGGAUAGGGACAGAGCUCAGAUGACAGAAGAUUAUCUUUAAUUGUCUCACUCCCUAUCUUUCCCAAGCAUUUUGGACAUUUCAAGAGAACAACCCCUUGCCUAUCCAAUGCACAAGAACACAUACAAGUAAAUGUAUUUGCAUGCAUGUACCCACGUACAUGCACACGCACAAACACAUGCACACACAAACAGAAAAACACAUACAGCUACAAAAAAUAAAUUUCUAUUUAUUGGACAUGCUUAUCAGUCAGUUUUACCCCCACACCCCUCCAUUGACAACCAGCACAAUACUCAUCACCAGGGGUGAAUAAAGUAAGGAUAGGACAGUCAGGAUACAUAUAUAUGAAAAAGUAAUGAUAAAUAGCACAGAGGAGCUCCACCAACCAUGUAAAACCAGUGAAACAAUGGCAAGAAUUAUUGGUAGAUAUGCCACAGAUAUUACUAUAGAUAAACCAGAAAUAUUUGACUCUUGUUUCUUUUGUGUUCAGUUUUUCUUGAUGAGAGAAAGGCUUGGUUAGUAACAGGAGUUUCUGGUGCUGCAUUACCUUUUGACAAAGCACAGAAUGUUGGAUGUUUUGGCUACUUCCAAUGUUAAGAAUAAGGAGUCAACCAUCUUGUAGUAAUACCUGUGGAUAAAAUUCUGGGAACCCUGUGGAUAUCCAGGAAGUAGUAUGCGCCAGUCACCAUCAGCGUUGUUUUAUUUGUUGCGACCAACAUACUCCAUGAUUGAUGGUGCUCCAUUCUGGUUUUUAACAAGUAAAUUGACAUCAUGUCUGUCUUACCCAUAUUUUAUUAUCCAGGCAGUAUGGGGUCUUUAAACAUUGAUCCUGUAUCUGUGCUUGAGGAAGCUUUCCGCCUGUAUUGCUCCACCUGCACUGUGUUUGAAGGCAUUGACUGUCAUACUCUCACUCACUGCCCAAAGCACAUUAAUGGGAAGGGAUUUUCCAUUCAGGAAGUUUGCACACUCCCCCACUGCCAGUGGUACUCUGCUGCGUUCAUAAUGUGCUUUCACCAAGUGGAAAUGCACUAUAUUUGCAGUAUAUUGAAUUAGUUAAAGAGAAUGAACGUUCUGGAAAAACAUACCUUAGAAUGACAAUGACUGGAACUUUGUCCCUUUCUUUCAUUUCUUUACUGAUCCCUAGCUUCUCCUAAAAUGUACUAACGGAGGUAAUCCCCCUGCCUCACCCAUGGUAUGAUCCUACCAUAUAAGCUCUUAUAACUUUCGGUAUACUGUAAUACAGAUGCAUCUCAGUAAACAUUUGACAUAUUGGGCAACAGGUAACAACUAAUAGGAUCAAGCAAACAGCAGAGUACAAUUUUGUACUAAAAGGAAUAAAAUGCUGAACUUAAGUAUCUUAAAUCUACUUUUUUUGUGAAAUGUAGGCAAUGCACUGGUCACAUAUUUCAUGGAGUCCUGUUGAAAAAGGAUAUGUGAGCAUGUUAAGUCUUAAGUACAGCAGAAAUAGCUUUGGGCUUUAGAAAAUCACCAAUUUAAAUGUACUCGUCACAAAUCCUGAAACUACAAUGGUUUUUAGCAAAUGUCAAAAUGCUGUUACUGUAACAGGAAUAAAUCCAUGGUUUUUUAAGAGUCCUUUCUGGAAACUAAAAUAUGUCCCUUCAGAAAUUAUGAUUUGAGGCGACCUUGAAAAGUGAAAAUGGUCCUCACUUGUAAGUUAUUCCUCAAAGGGAUAAUGUCCAUAAAUCCGCGAUGUUCAUCCUUGUUGCUGGUACUCAACCAAUUGUCUCUCGACUCUCGAUGAUGUACAGAGUCCAGGUUCUACAGUCAAAAAUGUUUAAAGAAAAUAAAACAAGACAUGUUGCUGUUAUAGUUUUGUUUAUCUUAUAGUUUGAAGCUUGUCAGUGCCCCUCAGUCUACAUUCUGUUGUGAAAGAGAUAAUUUAUUGCUAUUUUAGCAAAUAGCCUUUUAUGUUGUUGUAAUGUAUAAAUUAACUAAUAAAGUACAUAUAUGAAUUAAAAUAAUAAGAAUUAUAAGGUUAAUUAUUUAAAGAGAAUAAAUCUUGUAUAUGUAUAUUUGGUUAAGUUAUGUGUCAUGCAGAUUUGCUAAAUAAAAUGUUGUAUUUUGUGUCAAA